AGCCAUUCUCUCUUUCGUGUUCCCUAUCCGCCCCUCUCCCGUUUUUCUUCUCCGUUAUCAUCCAAUUCAAUUACAAAUGGCUAUCACUUUCUCAGAUCUACAUACUGAGUCAGGCCUCAAGUCUCUUGACGACUAUCUCUCCGGAAAAACUUAUAUUUCUGGGGAUAAGAUUACAAAGGAUGACAUCAAGGUGUACGGUGCCGUUUUAGAGAAGCCGGGUAGUUCCUUCCCUAAUGCCAGCAAGUGGUACGAAUGCGUGUCUUCGCAUCUGGCCCCAACCUUUCCUGGCAAAGCAGUUGGUGUGAGAAUUGGUGGCAAAGGUGCUCCAGUUGAAGCUACUCCAGCCAAGGCUCCUGCUGGAGAUGAUGAUGAUGAUUUGGAUCUCUUUGGAGAUGAGACAGAGGAGGAUAAGAAGGCAGCAGAGGAGAGAGAGGCAUCUAAAGCCAAGUCUGCCAAGAAGAAAGAAAGUGGGAAAUCUUCUGUUCUGUUGGAUGUGAAACCUUGGGAUGAUGAGACAGACAUGAAGAAGCUUGAAGAGGCCGUUAGGAGUAUUGAGAUGCCUGGUCUCUUCUGGGGAGCAUCAAAACUGGUUCCAGUUGGUUACGGGAUUAAGAAGUUGCAGAUCAUGCUUACAAUUGUUGAUGACCUUGUUUCUGUGGAUUCACUCAUUGAGGAACGUCUCACAGUUGAGCCAUGUGAUGAAUAUAUCCAGAGUUGUGACAUUGUUGCCUUCAACAAAAUCUAAAAAUCCUUUAACUGUACUUGAUAUAGGAUGCUAUUGCUAGACAUUUUUGGCCGUGGUUUAGUUUUUGUUAUUUAUUCCCCUUUGGCCCCAGUGUUUUCAGUUGGUAUUGUUUGCCAAAUCAUUUAAGUUAAUCUAAACUAUAUUUUUAAAUGGCUGGAGAUUUUAGUUCUAUAUAGCUCAGGAUGGUUGUUCUUAUUUUGAAA